AUGGUCAGUGAUCGUAUUUUAUUCUCAGCUACAGACGACAAAGCCUGGAAUACUGCACACUCGGAUGCUGACCACAGUGUGAUCAGCACACCUGCUGAUCACAAUGAAGAGAAGCCAAUUGAAAUGAGCUUUGCAUUGUCUCUUACGCUUUUCGAAUUGGUCUGUUUAUUUUUCUUUGCUCUUAAAUUUGAGAUACCCAGUCUAGAAGACGAUAAUCUUGAUACUGUGAGUACCAUCAGCUACUAUCCCCUGUUUUUGGACGUUCACGUCAUGAUUUUCGUUGGUUUUGGCUUUCUUAUGACAUUCCUACACAAGUACAGUUUGAGUGCCGUAUCGCUCAAUUUUAUUAUUGGAGCCCUUUCACUUCAGUGGGGUGUAAUUGUUGUGACUAUGGCUCAUCAGAUUGGUGAUGGCGAUUUCAAGACUAAGAUAUUGGAUAUUCCAAUACUCAUAAAUGGUGAUUUUGCUGCUGCUGCCGUCUUAAUUAGCUUUGGUGCUCUUCUGGGUAAGACCACUCCCACUCAAAUGGUUUGGAUGACAUUUUUUGAAAUUAUUAUUUAUGGAUUAAACGAAUACUUGAUAAUUGAAACACUUGAAGUUACUGAUGCUGGCGGUUCAAUCGUCAUCCAUACGUUUGGUGCUUUCUUUGGUCUUGCGGUAUCUUACAUGCUUGGAGUACCUAGUGCAAGCGAACAAGAACAUUGCACAUCUCGGUAUCACUCGGAUGUCUUUGCAAUGAUUGGCACACUAUUCCUCUUUAUAUACUGGCCAUCCUUCAAUGCCGCUCUAGUAAGUUCAAAAGGAUUUCAACAAGAGCGUGCUGUGAUCAGCACCGUUCUUAGCAUCACAGCUUCUUGUGCAUCUGCGUUUGCAACGUCCAAAAUAUUGAGUCAUUCCAAAAAAAUUGACAUGGUUCACGUGCAAAACGCUACACUUGCUGGUGGUGUCGCCAUGGGAACAAGUUGCAAUCUUGCGAUUUGUCCGGAAGCAGCUAUCACAAUUGGCAUUAUUGUCGGUAUUGUAUCGACAAUUGGCUAUUGCUCGGUCUCACCUCAUAUGGAGCAAGAGUAUCGACUCUCGGAUACUUGCGGUAUUCUCAAUUUGCAUGCUAUACCUGGUCUUAUCGGUGGAUUUGCUGGUGCGAUGGUCAUUUUUUCUACCUCCGAUGACUUUUAUGGAAAUAGUUUGACUAGUGUUUUUGAUGCACGUACCCACCGUUCAGCCAGUGAGCAAGGUUGGUAUCAGCUUCUAGCUGUUGUAGUAUCAGCGACUCUUGCUACUCUAUCUGGUCUACUUAUUGGUUUAUUUCUUCGAUCUAAGCAAUUUCGUCAGCAAAGGCUUCAAUAUGAAGACCACGAAUGGUUUCAUGUGCCUGACGAGUGCUACGCUUAG